GGGCGGCACCAUCUUAUUCCCAUUAAAUACCUUUGUAGAACACCCCCCAGACCCCUCUCUUCUCUGCCAGCAGCCAGCCCUUCACUCGAGGCACUUUCUUCAGUAGUUAUACAUGAGCGACUUCUGUAAACAGGCUGAUCAGUGGAGCUACGUCGAUUUGAGUGCUACUGGAAAGGAAGGACUAAUGGAUCGACGAGCAAGAAGCAUCACAGGAACAGAAGGAAUGCUGGAAGCAAAGGUGCUUCCUCAGCGGCCAGGAUUUCGACACCACCGAAAAGAGAACUAUGUGUGCCGCGAGCCCCCGUCCCGGCAGUCUACAGAGUUUAGUGAGGUCCCGGAAGGGACUCAGACCCAGUCCCAGCAGCCGCCCAGGGUGAAACUGAACGGCUCCACUGUGGAGACACCCAGCCACCACGACCUGCACCGCGAACUACUGCUCAGCACCAAACGAGGCCUGUUGCCGGGAGAGAAGCCUGAGCUGAAGCGAGUCCUGGAACAGAGGAGGCUGGAGCAGCAUAGAGAGCAGGAACUGGCUCUACGGCCUCCUUUAGAACUGGAGACUGAACUACGCAAGAGACAGCAGAUACUGCUGGAGUAUGAGCAGGAGGAGAUCAGGCGUCGAGAGGAGCAGGAGAAGGGUGUCCCUGAGUUUGUUCGCGUGAAGGACAACCUGAGGCGCACACAGGUGUCUGGGCAAUGAAGGCCACAUGAUGCUCUGUCCCUUCCCAUCACCCCCCGCAGCCUCCCACCACAAAGGCUCUGGCUGCGGCCCGUUUCUACACCCAGGAGUCCAAAGACUGCACUUCUACGCCUCCGUCACCACAAUGGUUCUGCCAUUACAAUGAGACCACCCUCCUGUUUUGCCCUCCACCAGCCUCCACUGUGCACCAUAACCUACAGCUAUAUGAUGAGGGUCAACUUCACUGCAGCAAGUUACUGAAAAGACUACUACUGGGACUGAUAUGCAUCUCUUGCUGGACUGUUUCUACUUUGUGAAAAAAGCAAAUAAAGAAUCAAAUUAGAAAAUGUGUGAUGAAUAUAAAGCAAUGUAGGAACUGGUCAAUAGGUUUCAACGUAGGAACUGGUCAAUAGGUUUCAAUGUAGAGAAUGUGAGUGAAAGUGCAUAGGUCUACUGUAAAUUAUGUGUAUGUUCAGGACAAAUAUUUUGUUCUUUAUGAAUAGAUUCAUUAUUUUUCUAAGUAUUUUUUUAUUAUUUACUAGAAACACUUUUUGUUUUGAAGUCUGCAUUCAAGUCAAUCACUUGGUUUACAGCCGCAUAGUGUCAAUGUGUAAGUGGAUUCAUUUUUGGGUUUGUUUAUUUCUUUCAAAGUCCAUAAAUUAAGUAUAGGUUACUCCACUAUUGGACACAUGACAGUGACUGGAACCCUGGAUUUUGUCGUUAAAGCAUCAGUUGUCACUCAUAGCUAAACCACCAAUGACAGAUGGUAUGUGUAUUAGUCCUAUUCGUUGAAUUUAAUUGUUUGCCUGUUCUUGUUGCUCCUUUUCUUUUUAAGCAAUGUGUUUAUCAAGAAGACAAUAAAGAUUUCCAGGAUUACAAUGA